AUGUCAGAAUGUGGUCUAAGACCAAUGGAGUCUUAUAGGUAUAUGUCAACAGAAACUGGCGGAGACGACUGUGUUGGUCAUACGAUGAUUGAUCAUCUAAACAACUGCUACAAGUUAAAAAUGAAGCAAAUUGAUGGCAAGGAUUCACAAACACUAGUGAACAAACUGUAUGACAUACAAUCAAUAGAUCCCGAGUUCUUUUUCAGAGUAAGACUCAAUGCUGAAGGAAAAGUUGAGUGCCUAUUUUGGAGGGAUUCUAUGAUGAGAGAAGAUUACAAAAUAUAUGGAGAUGUUCUAGUUUUUGAUACUACAUUCAGAACCAAUAAGUACAAUCUCAUAUGUGCUCCAUUUGUUGGUAUAAAUAACCAUUGGAAAAACACAAUGUUUGCUUGUGCUUUCAUUGGGGAUGAAACCACAGAAUAUUUUGUUUGGGUGUUUGAAACUUUUCUGAAGGCUAUGGGAGGAAAGCACCCUUUAUCAAUUUUCACUGAUCAAGAUGCAGCUAUUGCUGCUGGAAUAGAACAGGUUUUUCCUUCUUCAAGACACAGGUUAUGCUUGUGGCACUUGAGUAAAAAUGCAAACAGUAGAUUUGGUUUAUUGAAGUCUGAUAAAAACUUCAAAAAUGCAUUCUACAAGUGUUUAAGUGGGUGUAUAACACCAAAUGAUUUUGAAGAAACUUGGAAAUCUAUGAUCAACACUUUUAAGCUGGAAAAAGAUGACUGGUUCAACAGAUUGUAUGGUCUUAAAGAAAAAUGGUGUACAGCUUUAAGUAAAGAUUUUUUUUCUGCCGGUAUACUUUCUUCACAAAGAAGUGAAAGUACAAACCAUGCUGUUGGAUUUAAAGCAAAUAAAAGUACAACAUUAACAGAGUUCUAUAGUAUUUUUCAAGCUACAAUAAAACGAUGGAGAAAAACCGAAGAAAAAGACGAUUUUGACUGUACAAGGGGAAUACCUACUUCAGAGCUAAGUAUGAGUGCUAUAUUAAAACAGGCAGCAAAUGUAUACACGAUAACACUGUUCCGUGAUUUUGAAGAAGAGUUCAAGCUUUCUGUGGCAAGUAGUACAAUGUUCAAGGGAAGUGUUGGAAGAACAGUGUUUUUUGAAGUGUGGAUAGAAGGAAUAACAGGAUCAAGGCAAGAAGUUCAAUACAAAAUGGAAGAUUCAACCGUCACUUGCACAUGCAAAAACUUUGAAGAAUCUGGAUGGGAGAAAGGUGAAAUCAACAAUUUUACUGGUUGGAGAUUAUAUAUGAUCAGAAGAUACUAUAACUUAAUUUUGAAAGGGCAUAAGAUAGCAAAGGCCAGAAAAUUUAUCGAGGAGAAGUUUAAAACGGAUAAUAAAGCAGUUGAUGAAAUCAUAAAAAAGGAAGAAGAAAGGAAGGAAAAAGAAGAAGCUGCAAAGAUAGCAGAACAAGAAAAGGCAAAAGCUGAAGCACAACGACAAACACAAGACGAAGAAUCAACUAAUUCUGAAAUAACAAUUGUGCUUGAUCCUGAUCGUGCUAAUACUAAAGGAAAGAUUUUGACAACAUAG